CCAAGCCGCUCACGACGUCGCUGGGUGAAAAGUUGAGAUAAGGCAAAAAAAAAACAAACAAAAAUAAGACAACUUGACAUCUAUAGGAAACUCCAGUGAAUGUGCAUUUUUUUAGUGAAGUGUUGAAAGCAUAUAUAAUUCGUAUAUAUAAUCGGCAAGAAAAGGGAGAAAGAGUGAAACCCCCUAAGUCCUAUGAAAGACUCGAUGAGCAUACUCACCCAAACGCCCAGCGAGCCAAACGCAGCGCAUCACCACCUCAGUACGCUGCAGCAGCAGCACCACCAGCACCACCUCCACUACGGCCUGCAGCCACCGGCGGUGGCUCAAAGCAUCCAUAGCAACACCACCAUGUCCUCCGGCGGCAGCACCACCACCGCCUCGGGCAUCGGUAAGCCCAAUCGGUCCCGCUUCAUGAUCAACGACAUUCUGGCAGGCAGUGCGGCGGCCGCUUUCUACAAGCAGCAGCAGCACCACCAGCAGUUGCACCACCACAACAAUAACAACAACAAUUCGGGCUCCAGCGGCGGCAGCAGUCCCGCUCACAGCAACAACAACAACAUUAAUGGCGAUAACUGUGAGGCAGCCAAUGUUGCUGGCGUCGGUGCCCUGCCAUCCGCCCUGCACCACCCACAACCGCAUCCGCCCACGCAUCCGCACACACAUCCGCAUGCGCUAAUGCAUCCGCACGGCAAGCUGGGGCACUUUCCACCCACCGCCGGCGGCAAUGGGUUAAACGUGGCCCAAUAUGCGGCGGCCAUGCAACAGCACUAUGCCGCUGCUGCUGCCGCGGCUGCUGCGCGCAACAAUGCAGCUGCUGCUGCAGCGGCCGCCGCUGCUGCUGCUGCAGCCGCUGCUGCUGGUGUAGCCGCUCAACCCGGCGACGGGGGAGUGGAUGGCGGGGUGGGGCUGGCGCCACCGGCGUGCGGCGAUCUGGACGACAGCAGCGAUUACCACGAGGAGAACGAGGACUGCGACAGCGGCAACAUGGACGAUCACAGCGUUUGUAGCAAUGGCGGUAAAGAUGACGAUGGCAACAGUGUCAAGAGCGGCUCCACCAGCGACAUGAGCGGUCUGAGCAAGAAGCAGCGGAAAGCACGUACCGCUUUCACGGAUCACCAGCUGCAGACGCUCGAGAAGUCCUUCGAGCGGCAGAAAUACCUCAGCGUUCAGGAGCGCCAGGAGCUGGCUCACAAGUUGGACCUGAGCGAUUGCCAGGUGAAAACUUGGUACCAAAACCGCAGAACCAAAUGGAAGCGCCAAACAGCAGUGGGCCUGGAACUUCUCGCGGAGGCUGGAAACUUCGCUGCCUUCCAGCGACUUUACGGCGGAUCGCCAUACCUGGGCGCCUGGCCGUAUGCGGCCGCUGCCGGCGCCGCCCACGGAGCCACGCCCCACACGAACAUAGACAUCUAUUACCGCCAAGCGGCCGCUGCGGCCGCCAUGCAGAAGCCACUGCCCUACAACCUAUACGCCGGCGUUCCGUCUGUCGGAGUGGGCGUAGGGGUGGGCGUGGGUCCGGCGCCCUUCUCCCACCUGUCCGCCUCCAGUUCGCUGUCCUCGCUGAGUAGCUACUAUCAAAGUGCCGCUGCGGCUGCAUCCGCUGCCAAUCCGGGCGGACCCCAUCCGGUAGCGCCGGCACCUUCGGUGGGCGGAGGAUCCCCUCCCAGUGGCCUGGUCAAACCGAUUCCGGCCCAUUCCGCAUCCGCCUCGCCGCCACCAAGGCCACCAUCGACGCCGAGUCCAACGCUGAAUCCGGGCAGUCCGCCAGGACGAUCCGUUGACAGCUGUUCCCAGUCGGACGACGAGGAUCAGAUCCAGGUGUGAGCGGUACGCCGGAGUGCGGCCGUUGUGUGCGUGUGCAUAUCAUCGGGUUUGAGCGAUCUCAAAAGUGCGAUUUUCAAGGGGAUGCAUAAAAUACAUAGUUGGCUUCACGAAUUUAAGUUACAUAUCACUUAUUUUGUAUCAAUCAGUCGGAUCGAUGAUUUUAUUGUUCCAUAAAACAUAAAAGUUUACAUGGCAUUUAGGUUAUUUGGAUAAAUCAGAAGUUGCAUUAUUCGUGCACCAUAUCACACAUCGUUUUUAUGGUUCAAACUUUAGUACAAAGGUAUUUUGUUUAAAUUUAACAAAAAUAUAUUUGGAGGCAUUUAUAUACUUGAGAUCUAAAGAUAUUAUUGUUUUAGGUCAAAAAAAAACAGCACAAAUGAGUUCAGUAUUUAAAACAAAAUCAUGGUACCGAAAAUUUGAAUGGUACAUAUAAAAAAAAAAUACAUUUGUCAAAGAUAAAUAUCCACAAGAAUUCGCGUUUUUGAAUCUCCGCUUAAGCCCCGCUUGUGUGUGUGUGUGUGCCUGCGUGUGUAUAUAUUCAUAUCCAUGUGUAUCUGUGUGUGUGCUUAAUUUAUUUGAUUUGCUCUUAGUAACUUAUUCGAAAUGUUUUUUUAAGGUUUUUUUUUCAAUAUAAGAUAAUGAAGUAAAAUUAAGCAAAUAUUUAUUUAAAUGUUGUAUAAACUAGCAGCCAAAAAAGCGAAAUAAUUUUGUAUAGUUAAGCCUAACCACGAAAUGUAUUAUCGAAUAAACAAUUUUUUUUGUCGGUAGCCUAGACCUAUAAACGUUGUAACUGUAAAAUGUAAAGUAAAUUUAACCGCAUAUUUUUUUGUCUAAAUAAAAAAUAACAGAAUGUGAGAAUAGAGCAA